GUUGUUCAUCCUGCUUCUUGUCGUGAUGAGCUAAAUUUAUCGGAGAGGAGGCUUCUUCUUUCUCGGGGUACAAUGUGCUCUUCUUCUUCUCCCAACAAGCUCCCACCACUACGAAAACUACUAAAACUUGCAGCCGAGGACCAGUAGUAGUAUCGGCAUCCUCGGAUUUCCAUCAUCUUCAAAUAUCUCCUGCAGCAGCAGUUAAGAAACUGAACGUAUUACUUUUACACAGUUCUUUUUCUCUGCCCAAAACUCGGUUCGAUUCCGUGCAGAGAACAAACACUUCCGUGUGUGUGUCUCAAUUUGAAUUUUCUCACGUAAUCGAGAGUGCCAUUUUGGUGAUAAAAAUUUGUAAUAAAAUGAAUUAUACAGUUUUUUCGUGCUGCCUUAAUAACUUUGGUCCACGUGGAUGGAUUAUUUCGUAAAGUGUGCUUAGUGGACAAAGUGAGACUAAUCUGAUUCAGUAAUAAAACGGUUUAUGUGAGAGAAGGAGAGACAAGUUGAGACAUUUGUGCCGGCUAUUUGCACACAAGGGACAAAAGUGCAUGUGUACAAGUUGCAAAAAUUGAGAGAAUGGACAAGUCUAGACUUUCUUCUGCACCUCAUCUCUCACUAAAUUGGCAAUGGGAUGGGAUGGGAUGCUCUAAUGUUAAAGUAUUCGCAUAAAAGAGUUUCUGCAAAUUUGUCAUAAUCAUUAGAAUAAUAGUAGUACCAAUUCGGCAACGAUUUCUUCUCAUCCUGCCUCGUGUUUAGUAUCCAUCUAAAUCAAUUCAAGCUGAUCCGAGAGUCAAUUUCUUACAAACAUUUGAUCACGUUCUCGAAGGAUACGGAAAGAAUUGUCAGUGCUUCGAUUUCUGAUAAUAAUAAUAAUCAUUGGUUGAAAUAAUAUCGAUAAGUCUUAAUGUGCAGUAAUACGUAAUGUGGUCCCGAAUAACUUUGACUGGGAAUCCGUAGUGAAAACAUUGGAUAAUUUGAACUGUGAGUUGUUUGGUUGCAAUUUAAACUGGGGAAAAUUUCCUUGCUCGACAACAAUAAAGCUACUUCAUCUGCAUUACAUUUACUAGUCAAUCCUAAAUACAAUACCAACUUGUUGUUGUCUCCCUCCGUCUUUCUCACAUAAAUCUCAACUAAUAAUCGCCCAUUUACCGGAAAGUUGUCACAGACACACAAGUCGACACUCGGAAGAUUCUCAACUGGGCAUGAUUCCCAUGCAUAUUUACGUAUUAUGACGAAAACAACACGUUAAACUUGCACAUCUAGACGGCAAGGAAGAAGAAGUUCUAGUCAUCUCAUUAUUACAACUGGAAAAGAAGAAGCUCCCUUUCAAGUCACAUAUUUACAUUAGAUAGCAAUGAUCCCUGAUAAAUUGAUCUAUGUAUCAAAAAUCUACCCAGCUACACCCAAGUCGAACCUAUUUACUCAUCCGUCCCCAUGAAAACGAGGUGUGAUUUAAAAAUGAUAUUUAAACCGAACUGAUUUUGAUAACGAUCAAAAACGGAUAUUAUUGUGAAAUUGUGUUAAAAAUUUUUGACUAUUACAUAAAAACUGCAUAAUUUGAGUGAUAUUCGUGUGUAUAACUACUUCUUCCCCUAAAUAAAUAACUACGCUGAUAUUUCGUCAAAUCAAGAAUUAUAGAAACGUCAAGAUAUCCGAAUUUUCCAUCCCGAGAUGAUGGUGGUGUUGACCCGGUUGCAACAAUGUAAACUAAAGAAAUCCAUCUUUAAACGGAGAAAAGUCCGUGAGAGUUGUACCCACGCCGCGAAUUGUCCUCAAGUAGGAGACGUUUCCGCUUGUUCUUUGUCCCGUGAACGUUGUGGCCUGAUAGAGUACUCUCAGCCGCGAUGAAAUACAUAAUUCUCGUCCUUUGGACAUUUUCCUUGUUUCUGUUAAUGUUCAGUUCAUUCCCAUUCCGUGUGGAGUGUCGCCCUACACGGGCAGGACCAGGUCCUCCCCGACCGCAGCAGCAAACCAUCCCGUUUAACCACCAUCUCACUUCCUGUCCCGUUCUGGAAGGUCCAUCAGCUAAGAGAUUCAACCCAUGGCCGGACCUUUACACGCCAGACAUCACGGCGAAAGUCUGGGAAUCUCCCAUCGUCCUGGAAGGCACGGCCCGUUCGAGAAGCGAGGUCCGUCCAGACGGCACAUUCGGCGUGACAUUCGACCUCCACCGCGUCGUCAAAGGGGACGCCCCCCUUCUCCGCCGGAGGCGACAAUUCAGACUUCAAUUCCUCGAAAAUUUUGACCCUUCCUCCGAACAUUUUAACAGAGACAGAGACUUGUUCAGUGGUUCCCCCAACAGAAGGAACAAUAAUCCUAAAAACCUUAAUAGUAAAAAUAAUACCACCACCACCUCUACUACGUCCGCCCUUCUAAGUUCGCAGUCUCAGUACCACCCCCCACCAAACUCUAAGUCUAGAAGUGUACCAUCUAGUAAUAGCAAUAAUAAUAAUAAUAAUUUUAAUACCGUCUACAACUCACAUUCGAACCCCCCCAGAAGUUCCGCGGCGGGGGGCGGGGGCACCAUGACCAUCAGCACGGGGAGAUCGUCAUCCUUAAACACGAAGCAGUUGCAUCAAUCCUCUCAGCUUCAGCUUUAUCAUCAACAGCAAUCCAGAACCUUAUCGGGGGCGACGGGGUCGACCACGAGACAAGGUCAAGGUCAAGGUCAACCUGCCCCACGGCAACAACCGGCGAGGUCACAAGUGUCGUCGGCGUCGUCACAAUUCCAGCAAUUCCGUCAGAGUCCUUCUUCGAUUGGGGGGAGACCCACCCCGCGGCCGCCGACGUAUUACCGAAAUUCGUCGCUGGGGGGAAAUUCCCCCUUCCAACUAAGACCCCCAGUGAAUAAUCCUAAUAAUAACAAUAAUGUGAACAGAAACUUGGGGGGUGGGGGUGGUAGUGCCAUGGGGCGACGAAGUGGGAGAAAUGCGUCCAAUUACCCCAGAAAUUUACCCCUCCUACAACAGCUCCAACCCGUCCCCAAGUGUGUCCCCCCGAAAGCCACGGUGAAAACGGGACGUAAAUACUACGUGUUUGCGGCCAAGGUGGAAAAUCAUUUUAUUGCCGUUUUCUCCGCGGAGUUAGCGAAUAAGAGGAACACGAAAGCGGUGGAGAGCAUUUUGUGCCCGGGAUGUGGCCAAGCUCCCUCGGUCGUGGCGGCGAAGGAUGUCCAGCUAAAUGUGAAGGAGAGAUUAAGGCUUCGCUGUCGUCUCCGGGCGGGCAACCCGAUCCCGCUUCUCACCUGGUAUAAGGAUGAUCGACCUGUGAACCUCACCGAUACGGGGAAAUUUCGCCUAAGGACGAAAAGGCGACAAUCCAUCCUAGUGAUACGAAAAGCGAGAGAAAGCGAUGUCGGGGUUUACCGAUGUGAAGCUAAAAAUGUGUUUGGGUCGGCCUACGCCAGUGUCCGAGUGUCCUUGUCCCCUUCCACGUUGGUGUCAGCCUCCGGGGGGGCGACGCCUGCGAUAUCCACGAAACCCAAGGCUACCACCACCACCACAACCUCGACAACUAAUACGAACCCCGUGGUGAAAAAGCCAUCGUCAUCGUUCAAUUCCAUUGGGACAACAGCGACGACGACGCUUUGGCCCCUGGAAGCGAGAGAAUGUCCGUACGACUCGUACUGCCUGAAUGGAGGAGUCUGCAGUUACUUUGAGACUAUUGGAGAAUUCGUCUGCCAGUGCGCGGAGGGGUACCAGGGUCAGCGGUGCGACACCAAGGACGUGCAAGGAAGUAUGUAUCUCUCCUACUUUUGCCUAUUCGGAACCAACAAUCCUGACUAUCCUUGUAGGUUCAGGGAGUGAUUACGAAUCCACGAGAAGGCUUUUAAACCUGUGGGACUGAUGAAGAUAAGCUUCUCGACGGAUACUUAUCGCCCGGUAUGCAAAUGUCUGAAAACGUCCACCUGCAAUUACCUAAUCCCGCCGUCAAAAAAACUGGACUUGACCUUUUUGACCUUUUCCGAAGGAAAUAUGGUCGAAAUUCGCCACCAAGCUUCAAUUUUGACCAGUUAUUCAGUUGGAUUUACAACUUUUAACCUCUUUUCAAAUUGAGCCAUACAGUUAAAAAACUAAUUAAUUACUUAAUUAAAUAGUUUGGUCAUCUAAUCAUAAAUUUGAUAUUUAUUAUAAAGUCUACCCCGUGAAAAAAAAAGAAAGUGACGUAUAAUUUGUUUUGUGAGCUUGAUUUGACAUAUUUACCAAUCAAUUCAAUGAUCUCAGCAGUUGGGGAAUCUUCUUGUUAAUAAUUAAUUCAACAAUGAUAUGAAUGAGUACCUUAUCAAGCUCUUGACUUGUAUUAUCGGUCCGAUAAGAAUAUAUAAUCACUACUCUCCUAACUAACACACAAAAUAUUGGUUAAUUACUUAUUAAUCACAAUCUGCUUAUAAAAAACAAUUAAUAAUUCUCAUGCAAAAAAAUUGUGAGAAAGAAAGCCUUUUCUUCUUCUUCUGUAAGCCUAACUGCCAGAUAAUACAUUGCAUUAAUCUUAUAACCAUUAAAAACAUACAGUUAUUGCUUGUUAAAUCGUAAGUAUUUAGCAUUAUAAAAUUUUAUACGAGCUAUUAUAAGUAAUUUUUAUUUUAAAAUGAAAUAAACACGGACAAAAAAGGAAGGAAGGAGGAACGACAGUUUUCAUGGUUUGCUCAGGUGCAGAGAAAUGACAGGGCACGCGUAUGCAGUUUGUUUUAUGCAGUGGCCGCGGAAGGUGUGGGGGACAUCGGGGGAUAUUAACAUUGUGGGAUAAGCUUAAGGGAUAAGAUUUCCUGAAGCUUUUCGAGACUGACAGCCAGUGACCGCGAAAGUUGUGGGGACAUUAACAUUGUAGGAUAAGGGAGGGAGGGGUUUAUAUAAGAUGGGGAGAUGAUGCGGACAUCAAACAACCGUGGGGACAUUGUCCCUCUGUCCACACCCUUCCGCGGCCACUGAUUUUAUGCAAUGCCAAAAAAAUGUGUGGGUUUGAGGUCGAUCUCUUUAACAGAAAAAAACAAGUUGUAAAAUGUUUUGGAAGAAUGCGAGAAAGAAGGGAAAAGUAUGAAAUGUUCCUAUUAAGUUAAUUGCAUAAGUUAAUUACAGAUAAGUCAUUUUUUGUUGGGUUAGAAUUUUAAACUGAAAAAUCAAGCAUUAAAAUCAAUAGCACAAUCUAAAUAUAUAAAUAAUAUUUCAAUGGGAAAAGGUGGAGAAAGUAGGAGAAAUCUCUAUGCAAAAAAAUACAUGCAAAAUGCAACAGAGGAAUUAAAACACCGGAAGUUGGGAAACGAUAUAGGAAACUGGAGAAAUUCACGAAAUGGAAAGGCUGCUAAUAUACAUAAUAAGGUAUUAAUUAUCAAGAUGAAGUCAUUAAUAUAUAAUAACUUAUCUGAAAUUAAUGGUUAUCUAGGUCUUAUGUAUAAGUAUUAAUAGUCACUAAUCAUACCCACCGAGGCAAGCAAGCACUGAAUGCUUCUCAAUAAAAUAUUUAGAAUCCAAUCCACUAAUAUUACUCAAUUAUUAUUAUAAAUAUUAUAAUUAUUAUGCAUUGUUGACAAUGCCAUACACCACAUUUUUUUAAAAGAUGAAGUCUCAGAAAGUUGUUAAAGAUAUUAAAUGAUGAUGAAAAGGAAAUGUUAGAGAAAGUACGUGCAUAGUAAAAAAUUAAAAAAGUAUGUAACCAUUUUGUAUGUACAAAAAGAAAGUAAAAGUAAUUGUAUUUUGAUAAGAACUGUACGAUAAGGUGGCUGUUUAUUAUGGGGAAAGUAGUUGACUCGAUUGAUUGUAAAUGGAUGUAAAGGUUGUUGUAAAAUGUAAAUUGUUCUGUAAAAUAAUAUAAAAAACACCAUGUAAUUUAAUUAUUAAUACUACAACUGACAGUUAUUAUUUUAUGGGAGAGUUAAUUGUUAUCAAAUUUAAAUAAAAAAUUUAUUAUAAAACGAUAAAUACACACUUUUCUUUUUGUGUAUUUAAAAUAAAAAGCACGAGUUGCUUUAUAAAUAGUCGAGAAUUUCAAAUAAAUUUGUUAUGGUUUGUGCAUUAAAAUUGGACCCUUUUUAUGCAGAAAUGGGUCUAAUUAUAAAAUACGAACCGUAAUCUUGUGUAUAUUUCAGGUUUUCAACUUGUACUUAUUAUUGUUAGAAUCUUUUCGAAUUCUUCUAUUUAUAAUUAUUGCUGAGCUGUCCUUUUAAAAUAUGAGCAUUAUCAAAUGAUGAAACAGUAUUGAAAACAUUGCAUUCAUUCUUCUAUAGUUUGUAAAAAAAAAUCUCCCGAGUCAUUUAUACUUUACUUUACCUUAAUAAUUCUGUCUAAUUCUAAUUAAUUUUACUUCUAAGUUCAGAAUGUUAUUGCAGCAGAUACUAAUUUAUUGGGUAUUAUAGCGUCUCAAACUAAAAAAAACAUGUUUAAAUUCCUUACACUGGUAAUGUUGCAAGCCUCGCAUUAAGUAUGCAAUUUGAAUAAUUAUUCACAGAAUAAACUUGUUUUAAUGAAAAAAGAAC